AUGAGUAGUCCCGAUGCGGGUUACGCCAGCGACGAUCAGACCCAGGCAAGGUGCGCGAUGUCAGUCAUGAUGCCUGGAAUAGGACACUGCCAGUGGGCCGACCCGCUCAGUCCUCUCGGGGACAGCAAGGUGAAAAGCGAGCCGUGCGCGCCCGGUGCCGGUGCCGGCGGCGGCUCCGGCGGUCAGGGACGCGGUAAGAGCGAGCCGCGGAUCCGGCGACCCAUGAACGCAUUCAUGGUCUGGGCGAAGGAUGAGCGCAAGAGGCUGGCCCAGCAGAACCCGGACCUGCACAACGCGGAGCUGAGCAAAAUGCUUGGGAAAUCCUGGAAAGCCCUCCCCGUCGGCGAAAAGCAGCCCUUCGUGGAGGAGGCCGAGCGGCUGCGGGUCCAGCACAUGCAGGACCACCCCAACUACAAGUACCGGCCGCGGCGGCGGAAGCAGGUGAAGAGGAUCAAGAGGCUGGAGCCGGGGUUCCUGGUGCACGGCGUGCCCGAGCACCAGUCGAUGCCCGGCGACGGCCGGGUAUGCGUCGACGGCAUGGGCUACCACGAGCACGGCUUCCAGGUCGCCCCGCAGCCGCUGAGCCACUACAGGGACGCUCAGGUGCUCGGGGGCCCCUCCUACGAACCCUACAGCCUCCCCACGCCCGACACGUCUCCCCUGGACGCUGUGGAGUCAGACUCCAUGUUUUUCCCCCCACAUUCGCAGGAAGACUGUCACAUGAUGCCGCCGUACCCCUACCACUCUCAGGUGGCAGACUUCCAAGCUCACGAGCCCCUCUCCGGCCACCACGGCGGCCCUGGCGUCAUGCACCGCCACCCGGGCUCCGCUCCGGAGCCGCCGCCGCCUCCCUCCUACAUGAGCUGCCCCAACCCCCUGGCCAUGUACUACACCCAGCACUGCAGCCCCAGCCAUCCUAAGCGGCACCCCGCCGGGGCAGGACAGCUCUCCCCGCCCCCCGACUCCCACCCUCACCCGGCGGACAGCGUGGAGCAGAUGCACCACUCGGAGCUGCUGGCCGAGGUGGACCGCAGCGAGUUUGAGCAGUACCUGAGCUCCUCUUCGUCGGGCCGGACGGACAUGGCGGGCCUGCCGUACGGGUCGCACGACGCCGGCAUGCAGGGACCCGAGAGCCUCAUUUCGUCGGUGCUGUCGGACGCCAGCACGACCGUGUAUUACUGCAGCUACAACGGCUCCUAACCUCCUGCUGCUGCGGAGAUUAUGUACUGUAUCUGUGUAAAAAAAAACAACAACAAAAAAAAACUGUUUAAACAAAAGCCAUGAAAUAUUUUAAUCUUAACACUGGUUUUAACUUUUUUUCUUCUUCUCUCGCAG